GGCAAAUGUGUUAUUUUUGUCUUUCAGUAAGAGGAGGAGUGUCACUGCAUACCUGAGUCAGCUGAAGGUGUUUGGAGGUAGCAGGGAGAUGGACUCUCUGAAGAAGGAGUUGGAGGAGGAACUGAAGCUGUCUGCUGAUGACCUGAGGAGUCACGCCUGGUACCAUGGACCUAUACACAGAGAGGGGGCAGAGGCUCUGCUGGAGAGAGAUGGUGACUUCCUGGUUCGUGACUCAGGCUCCUCCUCCGGUGACUAUGUCCUGAGUUGCUAUUGGAAGGACGAACCCAUGCACUUCAAGAUCAUUAGGGUGGUCCUUCGGCCCAAGAAGGGUUAUUCCCGCGAGCUGUUCCAGUUUGAAGGGGAUCGUUUCGACAACAUUCCCGCCCUGGUGCGUUUCCACGUGGGUGGACGUCAUCCCGUCUCCCAGGCCUCUGGCGCCGUGGUCUUUCACCCAAUCACACGCACCCUGCCUAUACGUGUCAUCAGUGAGCGCCAGGCAGAGCGGACCCACAGCAGCAGCUCCAGCAACAGCGCCCUCCACAGGGUGGGUGUGGAAUUACGGCCAGACCGCAGCAAGAGACUCAGCUUCAACUCAUCACACAUGGACACACUACAUGUCACUAACACACUGCUCAGGAGUGGGAGUCAGCCAGCCAACCUGGAGAAUCUGGGCAGAAGACCCUCGAUCCAAUCAGCACAGUCCGAAAGCAACCUACGCACAGGUGCGCCUCAUAGCUGUCAAUCAGAGGCUGUAGGCCCCGCCCCCAUUUCCCCAGUGUUCCGAACGGGUAGCGAACCCCUGCUCAGCCCCUCAGCCCUCAGACACACACAGCCCUCACACCCAGGUGGAGGUGUGACGCAGCGAGGUUCUGACGGACAGCUGCACCCCCGAGCCCCGCCCAAACCUUUCAGAGUCUCCGUCCUCUUCCCCGGGACUCCUCCCAACCGUCACUGUGACGACCCCUAUGACGAGCUGGUCAUCCAGGUGCCUGAAUCAAAAAAGCGUGGCCACGUGGACAGGCUGCGUGCGGAGGAGAAGUGGCAGAGCAGAGCCCGUCUCACUGAGACAUCCUUCAACUUCCUGGAGGCACAGAAAAGCGGGGAGUUGCCUGGGUUACUGUUUGACGGACAGGCCCAGGAGGAAGAGGAGGAUUCACACUUUCAGAGGCCGCAGGUGGAGACGGUGUCGUGUUUCAGACUGGACCAGUUUGAGUCCCUCCUGCUACCAGAAAAUAACAGACCUCUAGAUCCCACCGUUCUGCUGGCGCUCAAAGAACUGUUCACACGCUCCAACGCCAUGACAACCGCUCUGCACAUUCUCAGUGUCGACUGCCAGGUGGCUCGUAUCGUGGGUGUGACAGAGGACCAGAGGAGGAUGAUGGGAGUUGGCUCAGGUCUGGAGCUGGUCACCCUGUCUCACGGACAACAGCUCAGACGGGACCUGCUGGAGAGGCACCACCUGCUAGCCCUGGGCGUUGCCAUAGAUAUCCUGGGCUGUACAGGGACAGUGGGUCAGAGGGCCACGGUGUUGCAUAAAGUCAUCCUAUUGGCCCAGGCCCUGAGAGACCACGCCCACAACCUCUACGCAUUCUCAGCCGUCAUGAAGGCUCUGGAGAUGCCUCAGGUCGUUCAUCUGGAGAGGACAUGGAGAGCGUUGAGGAGGAACCACACAGAGAGCGCUGGGAUGUAUGAGAAGACCCUCAAACCCUCCAUGAAGGCUCUGAAUGACGGAGAUGGUGAGGAAGACUCUGUGGUGCAGGGUCCCCUGGCUGUGCCCUACCUGGUUCCCCUCCUGAGGCUGAUGGAGGGAGAGGAGGGAGAACACACAGAGAGAGGCUGUCAGUUAUUAUACAACACCCUGCAGGCAGCACGCAACGCUGCGCUACACGCCCCACAGUACCAGGAGCACGCACACAGCCUGCUCACAGGUGACUGGGAGCCAAUCCCAGAGCUGCUGGAGUGUUUCAGGACAGAGUUUGCCCUAAGGCUGUUCUGGGGACAGGCUGGAGCGGAGGCAGACAGGGAGGAACGCUACCACAAGUUUGACAAGAUCCUCACCGUGCUCUCCCACAAACUGGAACCCACCGAGGGGUUCCCCCCCGAACUCUGACCUCUUACCCUUAACCUCUAUACUGUGACCUGGGCUGCAUUCAGAAGGGCUCAACGUUGCAACCUGUUUACCUGGGUCGUAUUCAUUAGUUCGCACCGUACUGAAGCGUUUUGCAGCAAAAGAAAGUUCUGGUAAUCCCUCCCCGUUUCAGUCAGUUUGGUGCCUUAAUGAAUAUGACCCUGGGGCGGUCCUGGGAGUUGUCUGGGUGUUGCCGUGGUCGACGCCCGUGGGUUCCGUACCUAGCAGGUGUGGAUGGGUUGGUUUACCCAAAUAAACCUGGCCACGGUCUACCUCCCAAAUUGCACCCUAUUCACUAUAAAGUACACUACUUUUGACCAGGGCUCUGGUUGAAAGUAGUGCACUAUAUAGGGAAUAGGGUGCUACGAAAGGACACAGACAAGGUGUGUGAUGUGGGUCUACUGGUUGUUGGUACUGGCAUGUCAAAAUGUUGACCUGCAGAGUUUACCUGUUAACAUGUUCUGUGUUCAUUUCAGACAACUUUAUUCUCAACCAUCUAGGUGUCUGUGAUUUUAUUUUAAUUUUUUUUAAAAAGGGGAUAUCACUGGAAAGGUCUGAGUUUUAACAUGUUUUCUAUUUAGAUUAUAUUUGUAAAGAGAUAAAAUGAUAUAAACA